CCCCCAACAUCAACGAGCCUUCUUGCCUUUGUUGUCAGGUUUGGUUGAGCAGGAAGGCAAGGUGUGGCCAUGUAUUGGCACGCUUGGCCUCUCCGAGGUUGGGUAGAGAGAGCACCCUCGUCGGCUGCUGCGAGGAUCCUGACGUGUCUCUUGCUGCCACUCUGCUGGGGUCAGGCCCCUGCUGCCGAGGUGCCAAGUUUCCCCCUCGGAUUCUCUGACUUCGGAAGAAGCGACUGCAAGCCCAUCCCCCACACCAUGGCGCUAUGCCACGGGGUUGGAUACAGCGAGAUGAGGCUGCCCAACCUCCUGGGGCAUGAUUCCAUGAAGGAGGUGGUGCAGCAGGCUGCCUCCUGGGUCCCCCUGCUCAACAAGCACUGCCACCCGGACACCCGCAAGUUCCUCUGCUCCCUCUUCGCCCCGGUCUGCCUCAGCGAGCUCCGGGAGGCCGUCCAACCUUGCCGGUCGCUGUGCCGGGAGGUGAGAGACAGCUGUGCCCCCGUCAUGCUGGCCUUCGGGUUCCCUUGGCCCGAGAUGUUGGACUGCAACCGCUUCCCGAUGGACGACGACCUCUGUAUCCCCUCUGCCACCUCGGAGGAGGAGAGAGUCGAGCAGGAAGAAUCGAAAGUCUGCGAUCCUUGCAAAUCAGAGGGAGAAGUCGAGAGAGACAUCCUGGCAAAUUACUGCAAGAAUGACUUUGUGCUCAAGGUCAAAGUCAAGGACAUUGCUUACCUCAACGGAGACGCCAGGAUCAUCCUGGAGGCACGGAGCAGAGCUCUGCUGGGUGCCGAGUCCAGAGAGCUGAGCGAGGAGCUGUGGUUGGCCGGGGGCUCCAGCUGUACGUGUGACGUGCUGCGGGACCGCAGUGCUUCCUACCUGGUGAUGGGACGGCUGCAGGCCGAGGGCAGGUGGCUGGUCACCCUGGUGAAACACUGGCAGGGCAGCAAGCGGGACCUCCGGAGGCUGACCAGGAGCUUCAAGAAAGUCCGGUGCUACACAGGUGGGGGCAACUGAGGAGGCAGCCCUCCCCCCCCCCGUCUGUGUCUGUCAUCCUGUGGUCGGGGGCAGGUGGUUCACACUCCAAAUCCCCAUCCCUGCUUC